AUGUCCGAGGUCCGCAUACCCGUCAAGUUGUUCGUAGGGAAGCUGCCGUGUGAUUGGGAUGAGGAGGAAGUGCGGAGUCUAUUCGGACCUUAUGGUGACGUUGAGGAGGUUAGCAUAAUCCGACCGAAGACUAACCCUGGCAAGGGACAGAAAUAUGGGUGUGCUUUUGUGAAGUACGGAGCGAUACAGGAGGCGGCAGCAGCCAUACAGGGCAUGGCCGGGAAGCAGACUGUGAACGAGAACGCCGGCCCUCUCCAAAUCCAGUAUGCUAACGGUGAGCCGGAGCGACUGGGGCUGGCCGAUGAUACCGAGGGAGUUGCCCAGAAGCUCUUCGUAGCAAAUGUGCCCGCUGAUGUUGACGAUGCCGAGCUGAAGCGAGUUUUUAGUCAAUAUGGUACGGUGACAGAAGCCUACUGUAUUCAGCCGAGACGGCCAGGAGGAAAUAGAGCUGCGUUUGUGAGGUUCUCGAAGAAAUCAGACGGCCUUCGGGCAAUCGAUGCAUUGAAUGAGAAGUUCACCUUCCCCAAUAAUGACCGCCCGGUAGCAGUAAAAUGUGCGGAGACGCGAGAACAAAGGGACGCGCAUAGACAGGAUAUGGACGUGCCGCGCUCACAGCAGCAGCAGCCUUCCAAUCGGUUCUCCAAUGAUAGUGGCUACGGCCCUGGACCAACGUCGACCGGGGGUUACGGUCAGCGAAUUACGCCGGUACCAACAGCAGCGGCCCAACCUAGACAAGCGGGAGAUUGGACAGAGUAUUUAAGUCAGUCGGAUGGGCGGUAUUAUUAUCAUAAUUCCCGAACGGGUCAAACACAGUGGGAUGUCCCCUACGAGUUCCAAAGCAUGGGGCCGCCCCCGACAGCGGUACCACCCCAGCAGGAUCACAGUUACGGUGGAGGGUAUGGACUAAUGCAGACACCUCGGUCACAACAGCAGAGGAGGGAUGGCCCUAUGGGAGCCAACGUAUUUGUCUACAAUAUACCACCUGAAUGGACUGACAAUGAUUUAGUGAGAGAGUUCGGUUCAUGCGGACCGCUUAGCACAACGAGGGUCAUUAUUGACUCUCAAACGAAUCAGUCUAAAGGCUAUGGUUUCGUUUCCUUCCGAGAAGUACGGAGCGCUAUGAAAGCCGUCGAGACAAUGGACGGUUUUCUGACCAGCACCGGACGGAGAUUGAAAGUCCAAAUAAAGAAGGGAGAGGAGGAAGCUGCAGCGCAAGCGUUGGGAAUACCUGUUAGUCAGGUGAAAGCAAAUGCCGAUCGUGGUAGUUCGGGUAACCGAGCUACACCUUAUUAAGAAGGAAAUGUUGGUGUACAGUAGACAAUGAGGAGGUCGAUGACUUAACUACUGAUCUUGUCUCG